UGAUUAUGAGGUAAUUAACGGGUGGGUUAAUGGAGACCGAGAAAAGUGUUUCAGGGAAAGGCAAACAGUUCAGGUGUCCCUCCGUACUUCCAUAAUUUCUGUACAUGAUUCAAUAAACCAUUAGAGAGAGAGAAUGGGAGAAGAAGAGUAAAGGCGACGAAGUUUGUCUCGCAGCCGAAUGGAGAUGGUUCUGUCCAUCUAUUUUUCCCCCUGAAUCGGCUGAUUUCGCCGUUUCUGGUGUUGGUGUUUCGUUCUUGGUCCUGGCAGGCGAAAAUGUGAUUAGAGGUUUAAAACAACCGCGGAUUUAAUCGAAGUCCUCUCUGUUUCACGGCUGUUCAGAAAAUUGAUCAUAAAAUAUCAAGGGUCAGUAAUCACUGCAGAGAGAGCUACUGCCACUCCAAUACUAAGUGUGCAGAGAUGAAAAACAAUAAAGCAACUGGGUCUGACUCUGAAGAUGAUUCUGAUGCUUGUGACAUUGUGGAAGCAAACUGUGAACUAGCUGUGGUGGAAGGUCAAAUCUGUAGCAUACCAUAUGAGCUCUAUGAUCUACCGGAUUUAAAAGGAAUUUUAUCCAUCGAGACAUGGAAUUUGUAUCUGACUGACGAAGAAAGGUUCUUCCUGUCAUCUUUCCUUCCCGAUAUGGAUCAAAAUACAUUCAACUUGACAAUGGAGAAACUUCUUGGUGGCAGCGAUUUGUAUAUUGGGAAUCCAGUGCACAGGUUUUACCAGAAACUGAGAGGAGGGUUAUAUGUUCCUAAGGUGGCUUGUUGUAGAGAAUGUCUUAUGUUUAUCAAGAGGAAGAAGUAUUAUUACUCUUUAAGAUCCUACCAUGAAAAUAUGAUACUGGCUUUCACUAAUAUGACGAGGUUGUGGGAUCAGUCUAGGAAGGAAGCGGGUGUUAACGAAAGACUCUUCCUUUGGUCAGAACGGACACAAAGACAGAGCCUUAAGCUUCCCGACCUCAACAGAGUUCCCUCUGACAUUGAUAGACUCGACCAUGAAAUAUUUCCUCUUUGCAGUGGAUCCAAGGGCAUUAUCAAAGCAAAGAUAACCAAGAGCAGAAUAUUCCAGAACUACAGCCGUAACUUAGUCUCUGGUGAACCGAGGGGCUUUCUCAAUACUCUCCCGCCACCCCGAGCGAAUGGUUCAGGUAUCUCACAAGACAAAACAUCACCUCUGUACCAAGCAUCUGUGUACUCUGGUACUAUAUUUCAGAAACUCGGCGGUGGUAGAGUCAACACAGCAGCAGAACUUCCUAAAUGUGUAUUGAAUCAGCAAGACACUUUGAGCAUAUAUUCAGAAACUACUCAGAGACCGAUCAGAAAAGUGAAGAAGAAGGGAGCGGACCCAUCUUCGGAUGAUUCUGCUUCUAAUGCAAGACAACAAGAUGUGCCGAGAGAGUCCAGUGUUUCAAAGUACUUCAUGGGACAAAAUUUGUCUACAAGCCAAGAAGAGUAUGCCUGUUUCUGCCCGAUACUUUCAAAUUCGAAAGCCAGGAUUCUUGGAACAGGUACCAGAAAAACGGAAACAGCAAAGGACUCCUCGUUAAGACCGAAGAACUUGGGCGAAUGCAAUGAGCCCCUCGACAUUGAGGGCGAUCAUAUGUUUUCGUAUUCGACGAGUAAGCGUAGGAAGGUUCAACGGAUCCACGUCGCUUGAAAGAGUAAGACUCAGCUACCUUAACAAUGCUAAGGACAGAGAAAGUAUAGCUACCACCAAAAUCCCCAGCUUCAAAAGUCUGUAAACAGAAAUGGGCAUCAUUAGUAUUACUUACUAGAGACGUUCUUGUAUAAUGAAGACUGAAAUGAAAUUGUGGCUGGAAAAAAGCUUAUUUUGGGUCCCACAA